AUGCCUGACGGCUACGAAUACAAGAGCUCCGGCACCAACAGCCAGGCAAGUACAGCUAGCUGUAGCUAUACAUACGCCUCCAACUCCAACUCGUACCACUACUCCAACACUGAUGGGUCUUAUUACUAUUCCAACCCGAACGGUUCGACCUACUACAACGAUGGUCAAGGUGGCUCCGUGUACACACCCUCAAGCGGUCAGUCUUCGGGCAACGGUUCAGGAUCUCAGAAGUAG